AUGCAAAUUUUCUCAAAGUAUUUAGGAGUGCAUACCAAGGAGAGCCUGCUAUUCUAAGAGUUUAUAGCUCCCUCUCAUGUCCGGUGGGUGAGUGACAGUGAGAAGCAGGCAGAGGGUGUUUCUCCAUUGCAUCUUGGCCAGGGACAGCUGACUGGUUGGGAUCUAAUUGCUCUCAAGUGAGGUCAGCAGAAGGCAUUUAUCUAAGCAGAGUGCACAGCGACAGUGGAAGAUGCACAGAGUCAGCCUGCCAGAAUCAGGGAGACAUCCAUGGGAAUUGACAGAAGCUCCCAGCUCUUGCUUAGAUUUACUGCAUUACUGGGCUUGGUUUACAACUGAAACUACAGCUUUAGAACUAAAGAGUCUUCAAAUUAAAACUCUUGCUGAAAGGGAAAACACCUCUGACAACUCCUGUCGUCACUCAGAGCACAUUGAUAUCCUACAUAACAUUUCCUGAACUGGAUUAUGACGUCCCUUGUCGGAUUAUGGUCUCAAGAGGAUGGAGCCGUCAACGCACACCAUCACUGAGGACUAAAGAGAGGCAACAACUCAUAAUACUUCCACCUGUCUUCUUCUUCACACCACUCUCCAGCUUCAGCCAACACCAACCCGCUUCACAAAGUGUCCUCCACAACCACCCUGUCUCAACAUCCCACUAGGAAUCCCUGCUGCAGCAACAGGGACCCGGAGGUCCCAACACAAGUGUCACAAGUCAGGGAUCAGGGGAUCGCUGGGCUGAGGGAUAGCACACAGAUCUCUAUCUCACAUUUCAGUAUGUUGUUCAUUGAUUCCCACUGCAUUGUAUUAUAAUGCGCAAAUGGAUGCUGACAUGGAACCUUCAAAAUCUGUUCUCGGGACUGUACCUGCAUGCAAUCUUCCUGUUCGGCAGUGUGUGUGUGGUCUACAGUGACUGCACUCCAGAGCAACUUGCCGCCAUCAUGAACUGCUCCAGACACGAGCGCCACACCAGGAACUACGACUACAUGGAGGGAGGAGAUGUGCGCAUCCGACAGCUGUUCAGCCGCACGCAAUGGUUCCUGACAAUUGAUGACAAUGGCAACAUCAAUGGGACUCAAGAUCCUACCAACUGCCACAGUAUCCUGGAGAUCAGGACAGUGUCUGAAGGCGGCAUACUGGCUAUCAAAGGCGUGAAGAGCCAGUUUUAUAUCUCUAUGAGCAAGGCUGGACAGCUGCAAGGCAAGAGGAUCUACAAUGAAAACUGCAACUUCAAGGAGGUUUUCCUAGAAAACUACUUCAAUGCUUAUUCCUCUGCAAAGUGGACUAAAAAUGGCAAAGAAAUGUUCAUAGCCCUGUCUCAAAAGGGAAGGCCAAUGCGAGGGAAGAGGACCAGGAGGGAGCAUAUAGCAUCUCACUUCAUCCCGAUGAAGUGCAGGGAGGAGGAGAGGAGGGUGGACUGAAAAAGCAGAGGACUAAUGAGUCGUAAAUUGUGUAUGACUUCAAUCACAUAUAUGUUAACAGACACAUAUAUACUCAUUACCAACAUCACGCUCCACUCUCCUCCAUUUGUAGAUUUGUUAUGUUAUAAUAUGUUGUAAUAUCCAUAAGAUAAAGAAACAGAUAUCAGACGACAUUAAACUAUCCCAAACAUUCUCAAAGAAGACGCUGAAACUAGAAAAUACUAAAAUAUUUCAAUUAACUUUGACUGGUAUACAAACUGUAAAUCCACAACUCGAUGUUAUUGUUAUUUUGAGUUAAAUAUCAUAUUUCCUUAUAAAACAGUUAAGUAUUUUCUUAUAAAACAGUAAAAUGUAUUAUGAACAGUCGGGAUUGUAUCCUUUUCCAAAGAUGAUCUACACCCGGCCAGUUGAGGAGACCUGUAUGAUCAACAGAAAGGUCCAGCAUAGAGAUAUGGCUUGACCACGAUGUGCUGAAGCAAGCUGGACUUGUCUUUUAUUAAUGGUACAAGUGCUCAGAGCACGCAAAAAACAAACAGAGGCACGAUGAAUUACAAUAACAUGUUCAGAAGAGUAAGUAGGGUUUGAGAAUGAUCUAUUCUGAUCUGUCUGUCCUUCCUGCAUUGAGAACUCUGGUCAGAUGCAUUGUAGCUGUUCACUGAUUCCCUCUUCAUUAUCAAGGUGUGAUUUUGAAAUGCUAAAACAUUCUGCUGCUGCUGAAAAGAUAUCCAGAUUAAAAUACAAAGUGAACAUAAUAAAUGUGUAUGCUAUGCAAUCUCUUUCCAUCAAAAUUAAUAAUCCUAUACACUAUAACAUCACAUAUUUAUUUAUAAGGAGAUUUGUUUUUAGUUAGUGUUAAGACAUUCCCAUUUUUACUAAGUAUGACUAAGAUAAAACAUUUACCAGGAGGUCCACUUAUAUUUACCACACCUAAUCAAUACUAAUUUCAAUCUUAAAGGCCAACUCUCUGCAUGACAUCACUGCAAUAUGCCCAUACUAACUGAUGAGUUAUAUGUUAAAGUGUCCUGUUUUCUUACAGUGUGCAUUGUUGCACAUUACUGGGCAACUGUUGAAGUACAGUGAGAUUGAGUUAGAAAGUUAGUGUGUUUUUUUAACAUUAUAAGAUAUAAAAAUCUCACAGUAACUAGCUUAAGUUCCUUUGGUUAACACGUGACAGUUACCUACUUACACAUCCAGCAGAAAGAGAGCAACACAGGACAUGUUUGGUGUCAUUUUUCUUGUAUUCACAAGCACUUUUUCCUGCUUUGGUCAGACAGUUUUUAAGAAGAAUAUCUGGCACUCGUGAACUAAAUGUUCUACCUUUCGUCCAAAGCCACUCUGUCAAUCAGCAAGCCAUUAUUUCACCUGGUAAUGUACAACCCAUAUCUGUGAACAGUGUCUUGAUUCUUAAUUUGAUUCUUGAACUAGCAACAAUUUCACAUUAUAAGAAGUAUUUUAAUUCAAUGUUAAUGUAAAAAAUAUUGCUUUGUUAUAUUGCAACCUCAGAAAGAAAAAUCUGCAUAUGAACCAUGCCUUUAUUCUGCCACUGAUGAGACUAUGGAGCUGAGCAGCGAGCUCUAGAGUAAGAUGAAGAGAAAGAGGUUCUGCUGACAUACUGUGAUACUGUGUAACUUCAACACACCCUCGAUAACUCAAUAAAUCUGAUUUGAGAAAUAAAGUUUUUUUUACAAUUUG